AUGCUUAGUGAUAUUGAUACACCGACCUUGCCGUUUGGCCUGAGCGAUGUUCAUGGCGACGGAACCGAGUUUAAUGAAGGAUAUCUGAAGAUGCCACAACCUCUCAAUAAUCGAUUGCGAGUCCUCGCACGUCAUUUCCAUGUCAGUUUGGCUAGCCUUUGCCAUUUAGCGUGGGCAAAAGUACUAGCAUGCACUAGUGGAAAUGAGUCGGUUGUCUUUGGUACAGUGCUACUCGGUCGUUUACAGUCCGGGGAAGAUAAUGACAGUGCAAUUGGAUUAUUGAUCAACACUUUGCCGUUGCGAUUGGAUAUCAAUGACACUACAGUCGAAAACGCUGUGCGUAACUCUCAUUCUCAGUUGAGUGCUUUAUUGAUGCAUGAACAUGCAUCGCUUGCGUUAGCACAACGUUGUAGUGCAGUGCCAACUGUCUUACCACUUUUUAGCGCAAUAUUAAACUGUCGCCAUAAAUCUCAAAUUCAGAAUAUUACUGAAUUGUCCGCUGGAGUGACUGUUCUCAGUAGUAGAGGUCAAACAAAUUACCCAAUAACUCUAUCGGUGGACGACGAUGACAAUUCUUUGAGUCUUACAGCCCAAGUGGUGUCACCAAUAUCAGCGACACGAAUUUGUGGUUAUAUGCAACAAGCUUUAGCAUCGCUGGUCGACACGUUAACACGAACACCAGAACAACCUAUACGGACAUUGAUAGUGAUGCCACCAGAAGAGCGCGAGAUGCUGUUGCAUAGCUGGAACAGGACGAAAGUCAAUUUUCCACCUGUUCGCUGUCUUCAUCAAUUAUUUGAGGCACAAGUGGAUCGUAAUGAACAGGCAAUUGCCGUGGAGUGUGAAGGAGAAAAAUUGAACUAUGGCGAACUCAAUGCUCAAGCAAACCAAUUGGCGCAUUACUUGAUCGCAAAUGGUGUUAAACCAGAUGAUCGUAUCGCAGUUUGCGUUGAGCGUAACCCAAAAAUGAUUGUAGCUUUUUUGGGAAUUUUAAAAGCUGGAGGUGCUUAUAUGCCGCUCGACCCAACUUAUUCGAGUCAACGGCUAACAAAUAUUUUGCAGGACGCCAAUCCAUUGUGUUUGUUGGCAGAUGCCUCUGGCCGUGCAGCACUUGGAGAUCAUCAAAUUCCAGUGGUUAAUUUGAAACAGAUGUUGCCAGGGGGACUGCCGAGUGAUAACCCAGAUCCAAUAAAACUAGGCAUAACCCAAACCCAUCUGGCGUACAUUAUUUACACAUCCGGUUCAAGUGGAACACCGAAAGGUGUGAUGAUCGAACAUGAAUCUGUGAUUAAUUUAGUUUAUAGUCAAACUUCUGUUUUUAAAAUAAAUGCGAACAGCCGUAUGUUGCAGUUUGCUUCUUGUGCUUUUGAUACAAGCAUAUGUGAAAUCGUAACGACCCUAACAAGUGGAGCUUGCCUGUGUUUGCCAAACAAAAAAGUUCGCCAGACAGAUAUAGCCUUGCUUAGUUAUCUAAGCAAGAAAAAUAUUACUCAUGCACCUCUACCACCCGCCUUCUUCCGGAACUCACAAAAUUUAGCCCAUUUGAAUGGAUUAAAGUCGUUGAUUUUGAGUGGUGAAACACCUCCGUUGCCAUUACUACAAACUACCUCUAACCACACGACAGUUCUUAAUGUGUACGGUCCCACUGAAACUACAAUUAUUGCGACUAUCUGGUCAUGUCCGGCUAACUUUUCCAGCCAUUCAAUACCAAUCGGUCGGCCGAUGUCCAACGUACGAGUUUAUUUGCUAGAUGCACAUGGUGAGCCGGUACCAUUGGGAGUCGAGGGUGAAAUAUAUAUUGGUGGUGCUGGCGUGGCUCGCGGCUACAUGAAUCGACCUGAUCUUACCGCGGAACGUUUUCUUCCCGAUCCGUUUAGUGAGAAUGAAGGGGCACGCAUGUACCGCACUGGGGAUCUAGCUCACUAUCUACCUGAUGGAAAUCUUGUUUACAUGGGACGUACCGAUCAUCAGAUAAAAAUUUAUGGUUUCCGAAUUGAGCCUGGUGAAAUCGAAGCCCGUUUAAUGGAACAUCCUCGGGUACAAGAAGCAGUUGUUUUGCUUUGGAAAAAAAAGCUUUAUACUGAUUGUCAAUUGAUUGCCUAUGUGGUGGCUGAAAGAGAUACAGCGCUCGCUCAAAAUCUACGCAAUUACUUAACAGCCUUAUUGCCAAAUUAUAUGGUACCGGCAGCAUAUGUUUGUCUAUCAUCUCUGCCACUCACACCCAAUGGCAAGUUAGACAGGCGUGCACUACCGGAUCCGGAUGAUGAGUCAUUUGCACGUCAGCCGUAUGAGGCCCCUCAGGGCAAAAUGGAAGAAAAAUUAGCAGCAAUUUGGCGUGAACUGCUAGGCAUUAAAUGUAUCAGUCGACAUGAUAAUUUCUUCGCAUUAGGCGGUCAUUCUCUGAUGAUUGUACGAAUGCUAGCACUAUUGCGACAAGUCGGAUUAGAUGCUACUGUUCAAGAAUUCUUUGACACUCCCUCUUUAGCAGCAAUGGCAGAAGCUCUCGGAAAUCACAAAGCAGUCAGCAUCCCACCCAAUCUCAUUACUACAAAGAGCACGAUGAUUACUCCGGACAUGUUGCCGCUUAUCGAUCUAUCUCAGACAGAGAUUGAUGCAUUGGUCACACAGGUGCCCGGUGGUAUAGCCAAUAUUCAAGAUAUUUACGGGUUAGCACCAUUACAGGAAGGAAUAUUGUUUCAUAAUUUAAUGUCUGAAAAAGGCGAUCCAUACUUGCUAAUUUUUCGUUUGAAAUUUAGUGACCGAGAGAAACUUGAAUGUUAUGUGGCUGCUAUGCAACAAGUGAUUGAACGACACGAUAUUUUACGCACAGUUUUUAUAUGGGAAGAACUCAGUGAACCGGCUCAAGUCGUCUUGCGCCAGAUUCCUUCGAUACUCACCGAAAUCAAACUGGAUGAUAGCGAUGAACCUGUUCUAGAGCAAUUACGUAACAUUUUCAACCCAAUUGGAAAGUUUAGACUAGACCUAACACAACCACCGCUAUUGCGUUUGAUGGUUACAUCAACUUCUCAAGGAGACUGGGCGGCAUUGUUGCUUAUGCAUCAUUUAAUUAGUGACCACACAACUCUUGAAAGACUGAAUGGAGAAGUUCAGGCCAUUAUGAAUGGACAUAGUGGACAGUUGACAACGCCCAAACCAUUCCGUCAUGUGGUGGCUCAGGCUCGCUUGGGAGUUAACCAAGAUCAACAUCCUAAAUUUUUCAAAGAAAUGCUUGCCGACGUUGAUACACCGACCUUGCCGUUUGGUCUAAGUGAUGUCCAUGGCGAUGGUACUGAAGUUGAUGAAGCGUAUCUGAAACUACCACAGGAACUUAACAAUAAAUUACGCACGCAUGCACGGCAUUUACAGGUCAGCUUGGCUAGUUUGUGUCAUUUGGCCUGGGCACAAGUACUUUCUCGUGCCAGCCGAAAUGAGACAGUGGUAUUCGGAACUGUAUUAUUUGGACGCUCACAAAGUGGAGGAGACAACGACAGCGCCCUGGGCAUGUAUAUCAACACGCUUCCCUUACGGUUUGAUAUCGAUGACACUUCCAUAGAGACCACUGUGCGCCUCACUCAUACUCGUUUGAGUAGCUUACUGGUACACGAACAUGCAUCGCUGGCGUUGGCUCAGCGAUGUAGCGGAGUAUCAGGUAACCAGCCGCUUUUCAGUGCAGACUACUGCAACUGA